CGGGCAAGGUGAGCAGCCCUGCACCCCUGCACGGGGCUUGGAGAGGGGCACACAUGGGAAAUUGGUCACCAGGGUGGGUGAAGCUUGGUGGGGCACUGCAGGCAGGACGGCAGGCAGGAGGACAGGCAUGACAGGGGCUUGCCCCCGCACUCAAGGCCCCCCCUGAGUAGAGAGCAUGGUCCCAGCCGGGGGGAUGGAAGGAAGAACACCAUCUGGCUGGGGGUGCUGGCAGCAGGGCCUGGGGUGCUGCCUGGCCUGUGAAGAGGGGAGUGCGGGCUGGGCUGGAGCUGGGGAGCUGACUUUGGGGGACCCCCUGAGGGUGUGGGGGUCAGAGCCAGGCCCUCCUCGCUUGCAGCGGGGGAAGCAGGGCAGCUUGCUCAACUCCGCUGGUAAGCCAGUGCAGUAGUUCCUUCUUUCCUCUGCCUUUGGCUUCUCCUGUGCAAGGGGAAUGGCUGCUGGGCUGGGAGGGGGUCCCCACUGCUCAGCAGUUAUGGCAGGGGCUCCUGGCCCCCUGAGCCCAUGCACUGGUGCAGCAUGGCAGGGUCUGCUCAGCUCCAUGGUGCUGCAGCUCUUUCUCACAGGCUGGGGACAUGUGUGAUGAGCUGGCUGGUCUCAGUGAGAAGAAAUGUCGGAGGAACUCACCCUGGUCCCCUUGCACCAGAGGCCGGAGCUGCUGGAGGCCUGUGCCGAGCUGCUGCGCGAGGAGUGGGGCAAGAGCCGGGCGUCACGGCUGCACACGCUCCAGCGCUCCUCGGAUGCUUUCCCUGCCUGCCUGCUGUUGCUGCGGAGCCAGUGCCCCACCGAGGCCCCCAUUGCCCAGGACGGUCCCUGCCAGCUCGUGGGCCACGUCCGGCUCUCCCGUGUGGCUGGUCGUCCCCGUGACCUCUUUGUGGAGAGCGUGGUGGUGGCCCGGGCACUGCGGGGCCAGGGCUAUGGGCGGCAGCUGAUGGAGGCCACAGAGCGGUGGGCACGGGCCCAGGGAUUCAGCUGCCUGCACCUCACCACCCACGAUAAGCAGCACUUCUACGCCCACCUGGGCUUUGUCCUGGGCGAGCCAGUGCAGAGUGUGGCCUUCCUCAGCCCUGCCAUAUCCGCCGGGGUGCUGCAGCUCUUUUCUGCUCCUCCUGGCACUGCCACCACCAUCACCACCAGGCCAAGGGUGCUCUCUGGCCCCCCGCCUCCCCUCCCACCCCCAGCCGCCCCCCCGCCACCCCCUCCACCAACUGUGGUGUGGGCAAGGGGAGUUCUGGCCGAGAGUGUUGGGGAAAACCUCCUGGAGACCCCCCACCGUGACGCCAAAGGGCUGCCCAUCUUCUGGAUGAAGAAGGACAUCUGAGGGGCCAGGGCCCCAAGCUGGUGAUUAAAAGCAAGUGUGGGCAGGAGCUGCCUGCCCUGGU